CAAUUCCACGUCGUCAUUCGCAACUUCGAUUGCGCUGCUCGCAUUUGUAACUUUGUUGCAUGUUGCUUGUAAGAAAUGUUGUUUUUAACCUUAGGUUCUAAGUACUUACCAUUAGAGGUUAAUGUUGUUUAACGUUUGCUGCACCUGUCAUUUAUCGUGAAAAAAUCCCACAUAUCCAGAAGCAGCAGUUGCAACUGCGCUGGUUUUCAUCGUUUUUGCUGAAUUAAAUCCUCUGAUUAAGUUUACAGGUUGUUGACCAAACGAGCAACAGUACAACACAAUGGUGUCCUCGCUGUAUCCACAUUCUUUCUUGGAACUUGUUGCAUGGACGAUUUUUCUGGGCAUCAUGGCGUUUGCAGGACUUCUGUUUUAUUUCAAAAAACGGACACCGUCCGCUAAAGCCUACACUGAGCGAUAUCAGUCUGAGUGCUUCUACUUCGACCCGACAACGAAGCGAAACUUGGAAUUCCCUUCUUUGCUGGAUCCGCCAUCGGUGCAGUUGACGGUCGUGAUACCAGCGUAUAAAGAAACCAGCCGAUUACCCAGUAUGCUGGAUGAAUGUUUGGAAUUCCUGGAACACCGCAGGACGGACGCGCAGUUUACCUAUGAAAUUAUUGUGGUAGAUGACGGCAGCGGCGAUGAAACGUCCAAGGUGGCUCUGGAGUACGCGGAAAAAUUUUCUACGGACAAAGUGCGCGUGCUCACAUUGGAAAAAAAUCGCGGAAAAGGUGGCGCCAUUAAACUGGGAGUUUUAUCGGCACGUGGACGGCACAUUUUGAUGGCGGAUGCCGAUGGCGCUACGAAAUUCUCCGAUCUCGACCAUUUGAAGAAAUCUAUGAAAGCCCAUUCUGGAGACGUGAUAGCGAUAGGAUCUAGGGCGCAUUUGGAGCAGCGAGCUGUCGCGGAAAGAUCAUUUUUCCGGAAUCUUCUUAUGUGGGGAUUUAAGGCAUUUGUGUACGUUGCGGGAGUGAAGGGAUUAAAAGAUACCCAGUGCGGAUUCAAAUUAUUCACACGCGGUGCGGCUUCGAAAUGCUUUCAGAAUCUUCAUGUUGACCGAUGGGCUUUCGAUGUCGAACUGCUAUACAUUGCUGAAAGAUUUGGCAUAAAAGUAAACGAAGUUGCUGUCAACUGGAGGGAAAUGGAAGGCUCGAAACUCAUUCCGGUGUUUAGCUGGCUGCAGAUGGCUUCCGACAUCGCACGCAUGCGUUUAUGUUACAUAUUUGGAAUCUGGGAAAUUGAUUUUUCGGUGGAAUAAUUGCUCGUUUCGUGUCUUGAAAUUUUAUUAAGAGAGUCAUUCCUGGUGUCGAUCACUUUGAAGAACAGAACUCAACUUUGAUAUUUUCUGUAUAAUUUUUAUUCUUUGUAUGAGUUGAAUCUUAGUUGUUAAAGCUUUCGGGAUUAA